AUGCUUGAGAGCGACUCAUCUAGCAGUUCUUCGUCUGAUAGCGACGAGAACAUCGCUACUGAGGCAACGACAUGGCGAGACGUGGAGAGCUGCGAAGUGCAGCUGCAAGUGAGCGAUGUUGAGCGCACGCUGCUGAUCAAGUCUCGUACUGAAGCGGGCGCGGUUUUGGCGCGUCUUCGACGACGCAUGUUUGGAUCGUCGUCGUCUGGGCGAGCUAGUGUCGGUGAUCUAUUGUGUGAAGAAAUCGGAUUCGUAGAAGGCACAUCUAUUGCCUCGCUUGAUGAUGAUAUGAUUCGCCUUCGGUCUCAUUUGGUUGAUGACGUGGGGCUGACACAUGUUCGAAACCCAAAAAAGGGGCUCGACAGCUAG